GGAAGCAGUACGUGCAAAGGAGGCAAAUAGAAACACCUGCUCUGUGGCGGAUCAAAGAAAUCUCAAGCUUGUUUAUUGAAUGUUCUCGUCUAGUCAAAAGAAAUGAGUCAAUUGAAUGUCACUAAUCAAACCUUUGGAAUUAAAGAAUCUAUUGACGAAGUGAAUUCUGAUGACGCUACUUGGAUUCUAACCAGUGCUUUCAUCAUCUUUACGAUGCAAUCCGGGUUUGGUCUUUUAGAAUCAGGCUCAGUUUCGCAAAAGAAUGAGGCAAAUAUUAUGGUUAAAAACGCAGUUGAUGUCAUAAUAGGAGGGCUGGCAUAUUGGAUAUUUGGUUUUGCUUUCAGUUUUGGUGAUGAAAAUAAAUCAAAUUUCUUCACCGGAAUUGGAAAGUUUUUUACUGAAUCUCAAAACAACAGACACCUGGGGCACAUAUACUCUAGAUAUUUCUUUCAGCUAUCAUUUGCAACUACUGCUACUACAAUUGUCUCAGGGGCAAUGGCAGAAAGAACAUACUUAAAGGCUUACAUUGCGUUUGCAUUCUUCAAUACACUCACUUAUUGUUUUCCCGCUCAUUGGAUAUGGUCAAAAAAUGGAUGGCUCAACAAAUUAGGUGCAGUUGACAUUGCUGGAAGUAGCGCCGUUCACGUUGUUGGGGGAAUCAGUGGAUUAGUGGCAACCAUAUUUCUAAAACCACGCACAGGACGCUUCAUGAAAGGUUCAAAGAAGAAAAGUUUUCAAAUGGCAUCUCCCACAAAUGUUUUAUUAGGAACAUUUAUGUUGUGGUGGGGAUGGCUUGGUUUUAACUGCGGCAGUACUUUUGGUAUUAGUGGUGAAAAAUGGAAACUUGCAGCAAGGUCUGCCGUGUGUACGAUCAAUGCCUCAGUUGGAGGAGGAGUUAUAGGAAUGAUUUACAGCUAUAUCUUUUACAAGAAUAAAUUCAAAAUACCAAUAUUUGUGUCCGGAUUGUUGGGAGGGCUUGUUGGAGUAACAGCCAUCUGUGCAGUCACUAGACCAAGUUUUGCACUCAUUAUUGGCCUGAUUGGUGGUUUAACAGCGUGUGUUAGUUGUAACAUACUUGAACGACUCCAUAUUGACGAUCCAGUUAGUUGUGUUCCAGUUCAUUUUUGCUCAGGAUCCUGGAGCUUGAUUGCUGUUCCAUUUUUCUUGGAGCAAGAUAAAUCUGGAAACUUUUCGUCACACUUAUUUGAGGAAUCCUACGGAAGAUGGAAGCUGCUUGGUGUUCAGGCUCUGAUGAUAAUUGCAUCGACAUUAUGGUCAGCAUUUAUGACAAUAAUAAUUCUUGUUACCAUCAACUACAUUUAUCCAAUAAGAAUGAGUCUAGAAGAUGAGUUAAAAGGUUCCGAUCUUUGUGAGCACGGCAUAAUGGGGUCUGGGAUUCAUAACAGCCAUCAUUCGGCAUUUGGCAGCAAAAACGAUCACAGUGCUUUGACGAUGAACACGAUCAUACCUAACUCAAUACAAAUACUUGAAGAAGAUGAUUUUAUGACCAAAGUAAUCAAUGCUGAGUCUGACGAUAAUUCAAACGACUUAAAGGAGAGAUGUAACAAAUCUGUCUCACAAAAAAAAGCUGAGAAUGAUAUCAAUUUUCAUGGAAAAAGUAAUGUUGAACAUCAUCAAGUAACACUCAAUGAGAUAAUUAUACAUUUGAAGGAGUAAAAUAUAUUUACUCAUGAUUUUAAUGAUAUUUGAUAGCAUUUAGAGACAAAAGUAUUAAUCAGUAAUCAGUAAUAUAAGAGCUGUUUAUGUUUAAUCAGCUGGUUUCUUUAUUCAAACUAUUUUAGCCACAGGAUCGUACAUCGUCAUACUUCUUCAUUUUUAAUCAAGCAGUUGUUAUUGCAUGUCAAUGUUGCACGUUAGCUAUAAAGAGAAUAUGUAUGUAUAUAAUUAUUUGUACUGUUAGUUUAUGUAUGUACUUCUUUCUGUAUACAGACUGUAUAUGAAUUGACACUUACUACUUGCAA